AUGUCUCGAUGUUACACUUUCUACCACUACACUCCGACCAUGGCCUCGAAACGCGCAAAGGCUGCGGCGAAGCAGACGGCAGGCUCACAGUAUCCCUCACCAUUCUCCAAGGCCCCGCCCUCCCUCGAACCGCUCCUCCCUCAGCUCAACCCAGCCCAGGUCUACAUCACCCACAUCGACCGCCAUCGAGCUGAGUACAAGAAGCAGAUCUACGUCUUUGCUAUCGUAGUGAACACCACAAUAGCCGCGCUUCUACUCUGGAGACUAUACGCCGCUAUACCGAAGUACUUCACCCUGGUAGAAACCCUCCUCGGCUACGUGACAAGCGAAACUGUCGAUCCGACGUCAACGACACGCCAACAGCAGCUCUGGAUCUUAGCACGUCGGGUCGCAAUGUUCGGCUGCGACUACGCACUCGUGCAGUUCGUUGUGCCGUGGCCUUUGACCUUUUUCGCUGAGCAACCUGCGAACCCAGUCACUUGGCGCUGGCAGGUGCCAUUCCAACGGCAAGAGGUGGUGAUCAGGGCAAGCAGAGGCUGGGGAUCGGAAGAGCUGUUGCGGGGAAAGAACGUUGGAGACCGGAGUCCGUACUGGCAGACUCGAAUACUGCCAGCGAUCGAGCGGGAUGUGAUGGAAAAGACGGGAUACCUGAUGAUGGGUGCGAACUUCGAUCUGGACUUUGGCCUGAUGCAGGACGCGCACAUACUCGUGAAGGAAGGGAAGGUGAAGUGGGACGAUCUCGAUCGGGUGGUGCUCGUGCACAGCGAGGGGGGCGGGUGGUUGACUUACAGCUUCGGAACGCCAGGAGAUGCGGUGGAGGAGCAGCGGAAGCGGAUGAUGGCUUUUAGGGAAUUGCUACUGAAGAUGGGCAAGGAGAGCUUAUUCUGGAAGUGGCAGGAGAUUGUUGAAGAGGAGAGGCAGAAGGACGGGAGCGUUACGGCAGAGACGCAGGAGAGGAUCAAGGUCAGAGUGGCAGAGGUGUUUGCGCAGAAUGGAGUGGACUUUGAUGAGGCCAUGGCUGGGGUCGGGGAGGUGGGUGUACUGCCUGCGCCGGCGCCAUGA